GAGCUACGUUCGCAGUGUGCACGGUGGAUGCGUUCACAGCGUCGACCGUAAACUUGCAUCAUUCAUCCUCUCCUCCCUCCUCCUCUUCCUCAAAGAGGCGGCGGUGCUGACACACAGGGACUUAGCUGAUCAACUAGUGAAGAGGAGGAAGACGCUCUCACUCCUCACAGCUGCUCCACAGCUUCAUGGUAUAUGAGAGCUCCACCUACAAGAACUUAUUACAUUAGUGUCUGACUGUGCUGCAUCAUGCUGUGGAUGAAGUGGAAGAUGGUGGUGGACUCCCUGCGUGGACGGAGAAGGAGGCUGCCCUGUUUUCUCUGGUUCCUCCUGCUGUUCGCUGUUGGAGGUCUGGUUCUCUUCAUCCACCAGCAGGAUCUGUCGGAGAUGGUCCAGCAACAAGUCCCAGGCAUGAUGCUUGGAAGCACUCCACGGCAGUCCAGAGAGACUCUUUCUACUCAGGACAGAGAGGGAAGUAAAUCUGACAACCAUCAAGCAACAGAAGGCAUCUUGUCCAGCCUGGUUCCUCCAAUGCAGUUCCCACACUUUGAGAGUAGCCAACAGACAGCCACCCCUGGGUCUCGAGAACGGGACAUAGACCCCCAUCACGUCUCCAAAAGACAGCGCAAGCUGCUGAAAACAAGUCCCCAGAUUAGUCACAUCUCCAAUAAUGUGUCCUCGUCCUUCACUUCUUCCUACUCAGGCUCUUUUUGCCCUGAGAGCUGGAUAAAGCUCAUCAAACACUUGGAGGCCCGCAAGAAACUGAUGAAGGAAAUAUGUGCUAAGUACAAAAGCAGCAUCUCCAGGACCAUCACACGCCAUCAUGUGAAAUACCUCUUUGUGGUGGACAAGUACAAGUUGUUGUACUGCCAGGUGCCCAAGGCGGGCUGUUCCAACUGGAAGAGGACACUGAUGGUGCUUGCAGGCCAGGCCUACAACACUCAGAGUAUUAAACAUGAUACAGUCCACUAUGACCACCACCUCAAGAAGCUCGACAGCUUUGACCAAAAGGGUAUAAUGCACCGACUGAAAACCUAUACCAAAGUCAUGUUUGUCCGAGAACCCUUGGAGAGGAUGGUGUCGGCUUAUAGGGACAAGUUUGAAAAUCCAAACAACUACUACCACUCACUGUUUGGGAAACCCAUAAUCUCCAAGUACAGGGCCAAUGCGUCCUUGGAAGCACUAAGGACGGGCAAUGGGGUCACAUUCAAGGAGUUUGUCCAGUACCUGCUGGACGUCCACAGGCCCGUGGGAAUGGACAUCCACUGGGAGCAGGCGAACCAGCUCUGCAACCCUUGUCUCAUAGACUACGACUUCAUUGGAAAGUUUGAGACCAUGGAUGAGGAGUCCAACUUUUUCCUGCGAUUGAUCGGGGCACCACAAAACCUCACGCUGCCUAGUUUUAAAGACAGGAACCCAACCGACAAGAGGACCUCUACGCAGGUCACACAAAAUUACUUCUCACAGGUCAGUAUGAUGGAGAGACAGCGAGUUUAUGAUUUCUAUUACAUGGACUACUUGAUGUUUAACUACUCCAAGCCUUUUAAAGAUUUAUAUUGACUGACUUCUUAUCAAGACUCUUGAAUCACAGUUACAUUCCACCGUCUACAUCUCUACCAUCUAGCUCUACAUGGAGGAAUCUCUGUCCAUCUUUCAAUUUUCUCCACAUCUGCUCGUCCAAUCAACUUUAAACUUUGCGGGUGUGUUCCUCAGGAUCUAAGGAAGGGAAGUGUGUGCCAUGAAGAGUUUUUUGGAUGAGUGGUUUUUGAGAAAAUUGACAAAGAUUCCUCCUUUAUUUUCUCUUUUAAAUCAAGUCACAACCCUUUGAUGAUGUCAGGGAUGACAUCGCCAACGGUCACGUUUCAGCUUGACAGGCAGCGCACAAUGAUGGUAAUGAAGUUCAAUGACACAAUGACAUGGAGCUUUGCACCUGAGCAGAGGGAUUAGAAAAAACAAACCAUGUAAAAUCUGCUUUUUAUCCUCGUUUAAAAAAAUGAUGAGACAAAAGUUAUGUUAAUGUGACUUAUUAAACACAAAAUUGUGCUGAAAUACAAGGUAUUUAUUCACUACGUGUGAUGAGAUAUACUUUGAAAUUAUAAAUGUUAUGUUUCUAAAAAAAAGUUUCUUGUUGUUUUGCAGGCUGUAAAUUAUGCCUCUCUGUGAGUCAAAUAAAAAUUGCAAAUUAAAUUACAUUUGAUUUGAUUUGUAUAGCACAACAUCACAACAUACAUUAUCUCAAGGCAUUUCACAUAGCAAGGUUGAAACCUUACGAAGUUACAUAAAUGUGUUUUAUGGUUUAAUUCAACAUGGUGCCAGACAUUUACCGAUCACAUUCCUUAAUUUAUACAUGAUUCAUUAUAUAUUAUAUUAUGCGAGCCCCUAUACCAUUAGAGGAACCACACCCAUACAUUUUGCUUUCUUUAGUUUUUGAUUGACCUCAGAUGAGGCUCAUGUAUUCAUGGGCACCCCAAUCACCCUCAACCACCAGGUACAUGCAAGCGGUUUUUCUUUUAUUUUGAAAUAUUUGCACUUACAAUUUGACUUACAGUAAGUUGGCCAUCAGUAUACCUCUAUGUAUCGAUACCUAAUAAUACAGAUAAUUCUUGUAAAUGGUUUUACUAAAGGUAAAGUGUAACAGAAAUGAAAUGAGUAUAAAUCUUGAAGAUGUGUACAGUGCUGCCCACUGGGAAGCUUUGUGCACUUAUUGUAGCAUUUUUGUACUUCUAACUUUGUCAGUUAGGUUUGUGCUUUAGUCUAACACAUUCACUGCUGUAAGACCUCCCCAUCAUUACUAGUAUUUACGUGGGUUGUCAUAUGCAGGACAACCAGGUACUCGCAGGGUACAACGUGUUGCUGCCAAUCAUCUGUUAAUAUCUGUUAGUAGUACAAAACAAUUACUUUCUGUUGACAGCAUUGGCAACCAAAAAAGAAAGAAUGCAAAAAUAGGGGUUUAUAUUUGGUGUGAAAUAUAAACCAGUGAAAUAAUAAUAAUAAUAGAGUGGCCAAACUUCUCCAUGGUUCAUACCACACAAUCUCUGAACAGCUCUGACUUACAGAUCUCACUCAUUCCCUCUGUACGUAUCACAUCUCUUCUACUCCACUAUAAAGG